AUGACUUCCCGACUCGACCGCCUGGUCACACUCUUAGAGACCGGAAGUACUCAACUUAUCCGGAACACAGCUGCUCAACAACUAGGAGAUGUUCAAAAACAACAUCCCGAUGAGCUAUUCAAUCUUCUUGGGCGUAUCCUGCCUUAUCUUCGAUCCAAGUCCUGGGACACGAGAACCGCUGCUGCCCGGGCAAUCGGCUUGAUCGUCACAAAUGCGGAAAUCUAUGAUCCAAAUGAAGACGAUGGGUUGCAGAUCAAGUCGGCAGCUGACGAUGAUGAUGAUGUGGAGAUAAAACCCGAGGUCAAAUCAGAAGAUAUUGCACCUUCUCCAGAUGGGUUUCUUCAUCUUGAUAAUCUAGACGUCGGUUCUGUCCUGAAAUACGGCAAGCGACUCCUCGGGAGUGCGGGCAAGGAGUACGAAUAUUCUCUGGCAUCCAUGGACCCCGCAGCGCGCCUGAUCCACCAGAAGAAGACCCUGAAUGCACGUCUCGGUCUCGAGGGCGAAUAUAACGAAGACGAAAUCCUUGACAGUAUUGAUUUUGCCCCCAAACCAGCAACUCCAGCGCCUAAAAGGGAAUCGUCCAACCCCACCAUUUCUCGCGAGAAUAGUUUACAUGACCUUUCGUCCCGUCGUGCUUCAUCUCCAGUCGAGGCUGCGGCAGGGAAGGAAGACACCGGCCUUAGCAAGCGCCAAUUAAAUCAGCUGAAACGCAAAAACAAACAAAGCGCCAAGCUGGGCGCCAACAAGGUUCGCGUGGUCGACUUGGCCUCUCGACGAGCCUCGGACAACGUUGCGACGCCAGCAGCAACUCCUCACCCCGUCAAGACCGAAAAUGGCGACGGGCCAAAUGGAGAGGCCAAGUCGGACUAUUUCUCGCUCGAUCCCGCCGCUGAUGAGGAUGACUCGAAGAUUGUCUCCGAAUUCAAGGGGCCCAUCGCUCCUGAAAAGCCCAUCAUACAGCCCGAAAUUGCCGACCAGGGUGCUGGGUGGCCGCUCGAAUGCAUGUGCGAAUUUUUGACAGUCGAUAUCUUUGAUUCCAAUUGGGAAGUUCGCCAUGGUGCUGCGAUGGCUCUCCGUGAAGUGGUCAGAGUGCAAGGUACUGCUGCCGGCCGUGUCGAGGGCAAAAGCCGGGAGGAAAAUGACAACCUCAAUCGUCAAUGGCUCGACGAUCUCGCGUGCCGCCUUCUCUGUGUCCUGAUGCUCGAUCGCUUUGGUGACUACAUCUCUGACAACGUAGUUGCCCCGAUUAGAGAAACCGUUGGCCAGACCCUUGGUGCUCUCUUGUCACAUUUGGCGCCGAAGUCUGUGCGCCAAGUAUACCGGUGUCUCUACAGAAUCAUCAUGCAGAACGACCUGGGAUUAGAGCGUCCAAUCUGGGAAGUUUGCCACGGUGGUAUGAUCGGUCUCCGUUAUCUGGUCGCUGUUCGGAAGCACCUCCUCAUAAAGGACUCGAAUAUGAUCGAUGGUGUCCUCGAAUCCGUCAUGAAAGGCUUGGCCGAUUUUGAUGAUGAUGUGCGGUCUGUCAGUGCUGCCACCCUGGUUCCCAUCGCUGAGGAAUUCGUCACAUCACGGGCUGGCACGCUUGGCCCUCUCAUGCACAUUGUUUGGGAUUGUCUGUCGAAUCUCCAAGAUGAUCUGAGCGCAAGCACAGGAUCUGUGAUGGACUUACUGGCUAAGUUGUGUACCUUCACCCCAGUUCUGGACGCAAUGAAGGCAAACGCGGCCGAUGAUCCCGAGGCCUCAUUCGGCAACCUCGUACCUCGAUUGUACCCCUUCCUGCGUCAUACUAUCACAAGCGUUCGAUCGGCAGUUCUCCGCGCUCUCAUGACCUUCCUCAAGCUCGAAGGAGAAGGAAGCACGGACUGGGUAGACGGCAAAGCCUUGCGCUUGAUUUUCCAAAACCUGCUCGUGGAGCGCAACGAGGGCGUUCUCAAGCUAUCUCUCCAGGUUUGGUCGGAACUGCUGAAGGCAAUCGAACAACGUGGAUCCUUCUCUGCCGAAGCCGAGCUGUCUGAAUCUGUCCAACCUCUGGUCGCCCUAACACUUGGUCCCUUCGGUGUUCCUCGCUACCCUAUCCCUAUGAAUACCUCUCUUUUCAUCAAACCAUCCGGUUUACCAUUCUCCGCGCCCGCAAUUGCACCCGCCCCAGCAAAAUCAUCACCUCCUGCUCCUGGCCCAGAGCCCGUUAAGCCUGGUCGCAAACGCAAGGUCGAAAAAAAGGAAACAACCGUGUCAUCAACCCACAAUGUAGAUGGACACAUGUUAUCUGGUGACAUUGAUCUCGUUGGCGCAGACACGAUGCUGCGGUCCAAAAUCUUUGCUGCCAGGGCGCUUGGUGAAUUGAUCUCUUUCUGGGAUAAGCAUGAACUUCCGAGCAUUUGGUCCUCCAUCGUGGACGGCCUCAAGCACCCUGCUUCGACUACACAACUUUCCACGGCGAUGGUGAUGGAAGAAUACGCUCGUCUCUCUGGACCGGACAGCAAGUACACCGGGACUCUAUGCGAACAUUUGCGACCGAUCGUCGAGGGCGAGCGUCCCUCCUGGUACUCUGAUAUUUCCUGCUAUCUCCAUGUCGCUCGUGCACAGUGUCACUCGCUGCUCAAUUCAUUCCGCGACCAUGCUCACGUCCCGCCCUCACGUCUGCCGGUCCUUGCUGUCGUCGUCCAAGGCGAUACCGAGGCUGGUCCCAAUGCUUUCUCGCUUGCAGAUGCCGAGAAAAUUGUCGGUCCUGAUUUCGACCGCUUGAAGAAAAAUCUGACACCCGCUCAACGAAUCACUGCCACUCAAGUUCUCAACGACACUCGUACGACCGCGCAGUCUGCGGUCGACGAGGCCCGAUCAAUGAGAGAACAGCGCGACAUGCGCGUUGUCGCCGCAGGUGCAGGGGCCCUGGUUGCCUUGCGGGAUAUCCCUAAGCGACCUGGUCAUAUAAUCAAGGGCAUGAUGGACAGCGUCAAGAAAGAGGAAAACGUCGAGCUUCAGCAGCGUUCGGCAACCGCCGUCGCGGGUCUGAUUGAACAUUACACCGCAGCCACGAAACGUGGACCGGUGGACAAGAUCAUCGGAAACCUGGUCAAAUACUGCUGUGUGGACACAUCCGAGACGCCCGAAUUCCCACACAACGCCCAGCUCGAGAAAUCCAUUCUGUCGCUACGCAAAGAAGAAGACCGACGAGACCACCCCGAUGCUGCCAAAUUCGAGCGCGAGGCCAGGGAAGCCCGGAUCAUGCGCCGUGGUGCUAAGGACGCCUUGGAACAGCUGGCUAUCAAGUUCGGCGCUGACCUUCUAGAAAAGGUCCCCAACCUUGCUGCUCUUGUCGAACGUCCCCUCAAGCAAGCCUUGGAAGGCGAUCUUCCGGAAGACAUAACAAACCCCGAGAAUGAUCUCGGCCAGGAAGUAGUCGACGGUCUUUCUACACUACGCGCGCUUCUCCCCAAAUUCGAUGUUGGACUCCACUCGUGGGUUACUGGCCUUAUGCCCAUCAUUGCAAAGGCCCUGCAAUGCCGACUCUCAGUCAUACGGUAUGCGGCUGCUAAGUGCUUUGCGACUAUUUGUAGCGUCAUAACGGUGAGCGGCAUGACAAUGCUGGUUGAGAAGGUUUUGCCUACUAUCAACAAUGCUCUUGAUGUUCCCCACCGUCAAGGUGCCAUCGAGUUUAUUUAUCACCUGAUCCACGUGAUGGAGGACGGUAUUCUACCAUACGUUAUCUUCCUUGUGGUCCCUGUUCUCGGACGAAUGAGUGACUCCGACAACGAUGUGCGACUACUGGCAACAACCUCAUUUGCAACACUGGUUAAAUUGGUGCCUUUGGAAGCAGGUAUUCCCGACCCUCCAGGAUUCUCCGAGGAGCUGCUCAAGGGCCGUGACCGGGAGCGAAAGUUCAUGUCUCAAAUGUUGGACGUUCGCAAGGUGGAGACCUUCCAGAUUCCCGUUGCUAUCAAGGCCGAAUUACGUCCCUAUCAGCAGGAUGGUGUCAACUGGCUCGCUUUCCUCAACAGAUACAACCUCCACGGUAUUCUCUGUGAUGACAUGGGUCUUGGAAAGACACUACAAACCAUUUGUAUUGUUGCGAGUGAUCACCACAUGCGAGCGGAGGAGUAUGCCAAGAGCCAAGCACUAGAUUCUCGAAAGCUUCCUUCACUCAUUAUUUGCCCGCCCUCACUUUCUGGCCAUUGGCAACAAGAAGUCAAGCAAUAUGCACCUUUCCUCAAGUGCAUCGCCUACGUUGGACCUCCAGCAGAGAGAGCAAGGUUACAGGCCGAGAUUGCCGAUUCAGACAUCGUCGUGACUUCCUACGAUGUUUGCCGCAACGACAACGACAUCCUUAACCCUAUCAACUGGAACUACUGCGUACUUGAUGAGGGACAUUUGAUCAAGAACCCCAAGGCGAAGAUUACACUUUCUGUGAAACGCAUCAUGAGCAACCACCGCCUUAUUCUAUCCGGCACGCCAAUUCAAAACAAUGUUCUGGAGUUGUGGUCGCUCUUUGAUUUCUUGAUGCCAGGAUUCCUGGGUACCGAGAAGGUUUUCCUGGACCGAUUCGCCAAGCCUAUCGCUGCUAGUCGAUUCAGUAAAUCAUCCUCCAAGGAACAGGAAGCGGGUGCUCUCGCAAUUGAAGCCUUGCAUAAGCAAGUCCUCCCAUUCUUGCUGCGUCGUCUCAAGGAGGAGGUUCUGAACGACCUGCCGCCUAAGAUCAUUCAGAACUACUACUGUGACCCGAGUGAGUUGCAGAAGAAGCUCUUCGAAGACUUUUCGAAGAAGGAGCAGAAGGAACUGCAAGAAAAGGUGGGCAGCACAGAGCGCAAUGACAAGGAGCACAUCUUCCAAGCUCUGCAAUACAUGCGCCGCCUUUGUAACUCCCCUGCUUUGGUUGUUAAAGACGGCCACAAGCAGUACAAUGAAGUCCAGAGCUAUCUAUCUGCCAAGCGCUCCAACAUCAGAGAUGUGUCACACGCACCGAAACUCAGUGCCCUUCGGGAUCUGCUCGUCGACUGUGGAAUCGGCCUCGACCACUCCGCUGAGGGCGAACUUGACACUGGCGCUAGCUACGUCAGCCCGCACCGUGCCCUGGUUUUCUGUCAGAUGAAGGAAAUGCUUGACAUUGUUCAGAAUGACGUCCUGAAGAAGUUGCUUCCGUCCGUUCAAUACCUGCGUCUCGAUGGAGGUGUCGAGGCUACGAAGCGCCAAGACAUUGUGAACCGUUUCAACACUGAUCCCAGUUACGAUGUGUUACUCUUGACCACCAGCGUCGGUGGACUGGGUCUUAACCUUACUGGUGCAGACACUGUCAUCUUCGUUGAGCAUGACUGGAAUCCGCAAAAGGAUAUCCAAGCCAUGGACCGUGCUCAUCGUAUCGGUCAGAAGAAGGUGGUCAACGUGUAUCGUCUGAUAACGAGAGGCACGCUGGAAGAGAAGAUCUUAAAUCUGCAACGAUUUAAGAUAGACGUCGCCUCUACCGUUGUCAAUCAGCAAAAUGCCGGACUAGGCACUAUGGACACGGAUCAACUAUUAGACCUCUUCAGUCUUAGCGAGACGGCAGAGACGGCAGAGAAACCAAGCGACCAGACAGGCAACGAAGUCGACAUGGUCGACAUCGACGGUGAAGUCAAGGAGAAGGGCAAGAAGGGCUGGUUAGAUGACCUAGGUGAAUUAUGGGACGAUCGACAAUACCAGGAAGAAUACAAUCUGGACUCUUUCCUGGAAACCAUGAAAGCGUGA